AUGACCACCAAAAUUGAAAAGAAACGUGAGAACGAUGAGCAGCACCAGGUAUUGGUGCAGGCUUGCAAACGGCGUAAUCUCCGGGUUGUUUCCGACUCGGACGAUGAAGCUGAAGAGAAGGGCGGCAAAGGCCUUUCCAAGGCUCCAGUAGGAGCUUCUGUGAAAGGAGAAGGCGAGGCCUCAGGAGAGGCUGAGCUUUUGGAACUGGAAGCCCUAGAGACGAAUGGGGAAGACUCGGAGAUCGAUGCCAUGUUGGAAAAUAGUCUCCCUGUAGACGAAUUCGUCGGUGACGAAGCCUUCAUUAGAGGGCCUGAUGAUUUCGACGAAGAUAUAAGUGACGAAGCAGUAGCUAAUUCACUUAUAAUCGCUUCUCCUAUGGUCCCUGACACCAGUGGUGUAUUUGCAGGUGUCCUGCAGAAUAUCAUUGUGUAUCUGAAGGACUAUGCAAUCAAGAAUAAUGUCAUGCACAUGGUAGAUACAGAGAAGGCCAUCACCUAUGGUUUUACAACUGAAAAAACGAGCAGCAGCAGGAAAUUAGUGAAAGCUGAAAGCGUGAGAAUCGCAAGGCUCGAUGAUCAUUUCAUAUAG